AUAGUAACUACUAUUAUGGCUCAAACUCGCGAACUCGGAAAAGGAUCUGCCGCUUUUGUAAAUCCGCUCGGCUUAGGUUGUAUGGGCAUGAGCGAGUUUUAUGGUGCCUCAGACGAAGAAACAAACAUGGCUGUUUUGGAUCGUGCAUUGGAGCUCGGUUGCAGUUUUUGGGACACAGCCAACGUCUAUGGGCUGGGAAAGAACGAAGAGUUGCUCGGACGCUAUUUUGCGGCGAGAGGAAAUCGCGACAAGGUGUUUUUGUGCACCAAGUUUGGCAUCGUCAGAGACGAGGCUGGAAAAUUCUUGGGCUUCAAUGGAAAACCUGAAUAUGUUCGCCAGUGCUGCGAGGAUAGUCUAAAGCGUCUUGGCGUGGACACCAUCGAUUUAUACUACCAACAUCGGCCGGAUCCUAACACCCCUAUCGAAGAAACUAUGAAGGCUCUGGUAGAGCUGAAAAAUGAAGGGAAAAUUCGGCACAUAGGCCUAUCGGAAGGUGCUGUCGAUGAGCAUAGUGUAGACAGAAUGCGUCGCGCCCACAAGGUCCAUCCUAUCGCCGCUUACCAGGUCGAAUUCUCGCCUUGGACUUUGGAUAUUGAAACAAAUGAUAUGCUCAAAACUACAAGAGAGCUCGGAAUCUCCAUUGUUGCUUUCUGUCCUCUUGGACGUGGAUUUUUGACCGGCGCUAUCAAGUCGCCCGAUGAUUUCGGACCAGAUGACUAUCGUAAAACAAGCCCCCGUUAUUCUCCUGAAAACUUCCCCAAGAACCUUGAACUUGUCAAGAAAAUCCAAACUUUUGCUGAAAAGAAAGGUGUUCUUCCAUCGCAGCUAAUCCUUGCGUGGGUGUUGGCUCAAGGAAAUGACUUUAUCACUAUUCCUGGAACUAAGCGAAUUAAGUACCUUGAAGAGAACGUUAAAGCUGGCGAGGUGGAAUUUUUAGAUGCAGAGAUGAAGGAACUACGCGAAAUCAUUGAUACCGCCAUAAUUAGUGGUGCUCGCUAUGCACCAGCUCAAGCUGUAAAUCCCCCUAAAUAGUUAAAUUGGUUUAUUUUCAAGCUGUAUACACAUAAAAUUUCAUUCCUUAAAAAUCCGUCCAUUAACGUCGAUUACCAAUAACUUCAGCCUUCUUAAUAGUACACCUCUUUUUGUGGCUUAUAUGGAAUAUACUCCCGCCAAACGUUAAUUCCCGUUAGCGUCAACAUUGACUGUACUAACAAUACGCCAAAUAAAAC